AUGCCCGAAACCGCGGCGGAGACCAACCUCCGCAGGCAACUGGAGCAAACCCUCGCCGCCGAACCCUCCAGCCCGCUCCACCACUACAACCUUGGCGUCUUCCUAUGGGACCGCGCCGAGGCAGAGCAGGAUGGUGACGGGGAAGAGGCGCGGAAGCUUCGCACGGCAGCGUCGGAGCAUUUUCUCGCGGCGGCCAAGCUGAACCCCAACGAUGGCGUCCCCUUCAGAUUCCUUGGCCACCACUACGCACGCGGUGGAGACAAUCAACGAGCGGCCAAGUGCUACCAGCGUGCGGUGACCCUCAACCCUGAUGACGCUGAGGCUGGGGAGACGCUCUGUGACGUGCUAGAUGUUGAGGGGAAGGAGAGUUUGGAGCUUGCUGUGUGCAAGGAGGCAGCUGGCAAGUCACCGCGUGCGUUCUGGGCUUUUCGGAGACUUGGCUACUUACAGGUUCAUCAGAGGAAAUGGUCAGAGGCUAUACAAAGCCUUCAGCAUGCAAUACGAGGUUACCCAACAUGUGCAGAUUUAUGGGAGGCACUUGGUCUGGCAUACCACCGUUUGGGCAUGUUCACUGCAGCAGUAAAGUCAUAUGGACGAGCUAUUGAACUUGAUAGUUCCAGGGUCUUUGCAUUGAUAGAAAGUGGAAACAUCCAGUUAAUGCUUGGUUACUUUAGAAAGGGAGUAGAGCAGUUUCGUUCUGCUUUGGAAAUGGCUCCAUGUAAUCAUUCGGCAUACUUUGGCCUUGCUUCUGCAUUGCUUGCAUGGGCAAGGAAUUGUGUAACUACUGGGGCCUUUGGUUGGGCUGCUAGUCUCUUGAAGGAAGCUUCAGAAGCUUCCAGAAUUUGUACUUCUUUGACUGGAAACCUUUCAUGCGUCUGGAAAUUGCAUGGAGAUGUUCAGCUCGCACUUGCAAGAUGCUUUCCAUGGGUGGAUGGGAAGACCAAAAGGGGCAUGGAUGCACAGAUGUUCAAAGAUUCUGUUCAAGAGUGGAGAAAUACAUGUUUGUCAGCAGCAAAUGGUGCAAAACUCUCAUAUCAGCGUGCUUUGCAUCUUACUCCCUGGGAAGCUAAUGUUCACAAUGAUAUGGCUAUUUGUCUUGAUCUAAUUUGUUCCAUGGAUGACAACAACAUACUCAACCCCAAUGUUUGGGAGCUGCCAGAGAAAAUGUCACUGGGUGCCUUGAUGUUGGAACCAGUUAAUAAGGAUUUUUGGGUUACUUUGGGUUCAAUGUCAAGUUAUCUGGCUUUGAAGCAGCAUUCUUUUAUUAGGGCACUUCAUCUCGAUAUGUCAUUGUCUGAAGCUUGGGCAUGCCUUGGAAAGAUUUACAGGCAGUCUGGUGAUAAGCAAUUGGCAAAACAAGCAUUUGAUCGAGCUCGAAGCAUUGAUCCUUCGUUGGCCUUGCCAUGGGCUGGAAUGUCGGCGGAAAAUUAUCACCAAUCUGGGAGCAGUCCUGUAAAUGAAUCUUUUGAAAGCUGCUUGAGGGCUGUGCAGAUCCUACCUCUGCCAGAGUUCCAGAUUGGUCUUGGAACAAUUGCUGCCCGUUCUAGUGAUCUUCUUUCACCUCAGGCUGGUCUUGCAACUGAUGCAGCGCGGGAGUGUGAAGAGCUGAGAUAUCAAGGACUGUUGAGUGUUGAUGGAUUGCAGAUAUAUGCUCUGGCAUUGUGGAAAAUUGGACAAAGCAAGGAAGCUCUUUCUGUAUCUAGAAGCUUGGCUGAAAAUUUAAGUGGUAUAAAGGCGGAGAGUGCAACUGCAGCUUGGGGAUUCAUAUGCACCUUGACAUAUGGAAUUUCUGGGAAGGACUCUGCAGCUGCCAUCAUUCAAAAGCUUCCUGGUCAGCUCAAUUACAACUCACAGUUGAAAUUCAUUAUCUCCGCAUUGGAUGCUUUGCAUCCAACCAAGCGUCUCCAGCUGCCUCAGUUGAAUAUGCCUCCUAAGCGUACAGCUUAUGAAGUGAUGAGUGAAGUACACUCGAAUAUUGCUCUUGGGAAGGCUAUUGGUGCGGAAUUUGACAAGCCUCUGAAGGUUGAUGGUAGUUUGUCUUACCUGAAAAAAGUUCUGCACAUGUAUCCGGACUGCAGUUUAGUGAGAAACCAACUUGGAUCCCUGCUGCUGUGGAGUGGAGAUUGGAUGGCUUCUCAUAAAGCAAUAAGGGUUACCUCUCUGUCAUCACAUGGACACACAUCCAGUUUGGGCCUAAGAUCACCACAUCAUGUUCAAGCCUGUGCAAUGGUUUCUUGCUAUGCUACCUGCCCCACUUACACAAAGUUCUCUUUCGCAACAUGUGAACACCAGUACCUAAGUGGACCUGAUGCAAUACACCACCUGCAAAGGUGGGUUCAUUGUGAACCAUGGAACCAAGAUGCACGCUACCUGCUUGUGCUUGCCAUUUUCCAAAAAGCACGGGAAGAGAAGUACCCCAAACAUAUCUGUGUUAUUCUGAAGAAGCUCAUUAUGCAAGUGUUGUCCAAUAUUAGCAAUCCACAUGAGAAAGAAGCUAUGCAGUAUGAGGUGUUCUUGCUACUUCUUUUGUCAUCGGAGGUCUGUUUGCAAUCUUUAGACUAUGAAAAUUGCAUUGCCCAAGCUAAAGAAGCCCUAAGAACCACCCCAUCAAGCCGUGUGGAUACUUUUUUUGCACACUUGCAACUGUGUCGGGCCUAUGCGGUGCAAGGGGAUCUUUUGAACUCCAGGAAUGAGUACAUGGAAUGCUUGAGAAACCAUACAAAUACUGAGAUUGGCUGGGUAAUGCUGAAGCAACUUGAAUCUGCAUGUUCAUUGGAGGGCUCUUCUGAUGAAAUAGAUAUAAAUCUGCGUGAAUGCGUUAAAAGAAAUGGUAGCGACUCAUCGAAAUGGGCAUCCCUUUUCAAUCUGGCGUGUGCUCAGUGCUUUCUGUGGGAUGGAAACUUUGAAAGCGCUGAAAAAGCUCUUGCUCAGGCAUGCACUCAAGUAGAUCCGGAUAGCUGCAUCUUGUUCCUUAAUGGUGCAACCUGUAUGGAAAUUGCCCGGAGGUUUGUAGCUCCUCAAUUUAUAUCUCGUGCAGCUUCCAGCCUCAGAAAGGCCCAACAGAAAUCACAUGCUUCAUUACCUCUCGUGUCACUGCUACUGGCUCAAGCUGAGGGCAGCCUUGGCUCCAAAACCAAGUGGGAGAAAAACCUUCGCCUGGAAUGGUUCUCAUGGCCCCCAGAACUGAGGCCUGCGGAGGUGUACUUCCAAAUGCAUCUGCUGGCGAGGCAGUCGUCUGCAGCGGCUUCUCAGCAGAACCAGCUGGUGGAGACGACGCAGAGCCCCGAGUUGUGGUUGCUUCGGGCGAUUCACCUGAACCCGUCCUGCCCCAAGUACUGGAAGGCUCUGCUGCAACAAAUGGAUGUGUAA